CGGAAGUGGGCUCGUGGGCGCGCCGGAGCCGGGAGAUCGGGGCGGCUGGGGGCGCGGGCCUGAGUGAUGCGCGGGCUGCUACCUCUAACCGGCAGAGUAGUUCUGGUCGCGCUGCGCGGCGGCCGCGGCUGCUGCGGGCUCGGAAUGUUCUACGCCGUGCGCAGGGGCCGCAGGACCGGCGUCUUCCUCACCUGGAAUGAAUGCAAGGCGCAGGUGGACCGGUUUCCUGCUGCCCGGUUUAAGAAGUUUGCCAGUGAAGAUGAGGCCUGGGCCUUUGUCAGAAACUCCGUGAGCCCGGAUGGUGAAGGCUCUUGUCUUCCAGAGCAAAAAAAUACACAUGCACAGGAGUCACAGGUGAAAGUCAGCAAGCGUCUCAGAGAGCCCUUAGAUGACCAUGAAGAAGAGGUCUCAGAGCCGAGUGCGAAGUAUGUGCGAAAGAACACAGAGCCAGCCCCUGCCCUUGGCAAGGACACAUUUUCUUAUAUGGGAGACUCUGUGGUUGUCUACACCGAUGGCUGCUGCUCCAGUAACGGGCGGAGGAGAGCACGAGCAGGAAUCGGCGUCUACUGGGGGCCAGGCCACCCUUUAAACAUAGGCAUUAGACUCCCCGGACGACAGACAAACCAAAGAGCAGAAAUCCAUGCAGCCUGCAAAGCCAUCGAACAAGCCAAGGCUCAGAACAUCAGUAAAUUGGUUCUAUAUAUGGACAGUAUGUUCACUAUAAAUGGGAUCACUAACUGGGUCCAAGGCUGGAAGAAGAACAGGUGGAAGAGGAGUACAAGGAAGAAGGUGAUCAACAAAGAGGAAUUUGUGCAGCUGGAGGAGCUCACCCAUGGCAUGGACAUUCAGUGGAUGCAUGUUCCUGGUCAUUCAGGAUUUGUGGGCAAUGAAGAGGCCGAUAGGCUGGCGAGAGAAGGGGCUCGGCAGUCUCAGGACUGAGUGGAAUCACUUGGGUGCUGUGGAGAAGGCAAGCGAUAGCUCUUGUUGCUGUCAUAUCCUGGUGUGGGCAUCAAGACCUCUCAGCAGGAGUGGCUGCAGGAGACAGAGCUGAGCCAGGAGUCACUGUGUC